AUGGUUUUUGAAAUGACCGAUCUUGGUCUAAUGUCAUACUUCCUUGGAAUGGAGAUCAAGCAAAGUAAAGAUCAAGUUUUCAUUUGCCAGAAGAAGUAUGCAAAGGAGAUUCUCAAGAAGUUCAAAAUGGAAGAUUGCAAGGAGAUGAAUACUACCAUGAACCAAAAAGAAAAGCUAAGCAAAGAUGAUGGAACUGCAAAAGUUGAUGAAACAUACUACAGAAGUCUCAUUGGUUGUUUGAUGUAUCUUACAGCAACAAGGCCAGACAUAUUGUAUGUUGUAAGUUUUCUUUCAAGGUUUAUGCAUUGUGCUAGUGAAAUGCAUCUAGUGGCAGCAAAAAGAGUUGUGCGAUACAUCAAAGGAACUGUUACCUAUGGAGUUAAAUUUCAGAAGAUGCCUAAUAUGAAGCUGUAUGGGUAUUCUGAUAGUGAUUAG